AUGGAUUCCUCACAAGUUCCCAAUAGUCUUAGACAAAUCAAAACUACCACCACCAAAGAUGACUCGUCAAGAUUCAAGGAACAAGACCAACUUUUGAGCCCAAUGGCUAGGCUAUUUCAUGAGCCAGGCUCCAAUGUGUAUAUCAUAGCCAUGAUGGGUUGCAAGACUAGAAUCAACUCUGAUGUUGUCAAACAAAAUCUUGUUCAUUCUCUCCUUCGACAUCCUCGUUUCUCUAGCUUGCAGGUUGUUGAUGAAGUAAGCGGGAGUAUCAAAUGGGUUCCAACAAAUGUGAACAUCGACAACCAUGUUAUAGUCCCAAAACUAGAUCCAAACGACAUCGAGUUUCCAGACAAGUUUGUGGACGAUUACAUGUCAAACCUCAGCAAAUCUCACAUCGAGAACUCAAAACCUUUAUGGGACCUUCACAUUCUUGACAUCAAGACGGCCGAUGCUCAAGGGACAGGGUUUUUCCGGUUCCACCAUUCUUUAGGUGAUGGUUUGUCUUUGAUGACUCUUCUUCUUGCUUGCACACGCCAGUCGUCGGACCCUGGAGCCUUGCCAACGCUCCCGGUCAGCAAAGAAACGGGUUACAUCAAGCUUACUAAUUGGUGGUCACCUUUAGAAGUGUUUUGGAACUCCCUUGUUGCGGUUAUGAUGUUUGUGUUUACGGUAUUGUUUCUUAAAGACACCGAAACGCCGUUGAAAGGCUCCGUCGGUGUUGAAAAUAGACCUAGGCGUUUUGUUCGUAAGAACGUCAGCUUGGCCGACAUAAAGACGGUGAAGAAUGCCAUGGAUGUGACGUUGAAUGAUGUUGUGCUUGGAGUCACUCAGGCCGGUUUAUCGCGCUACCUAAAUCGUAGAUACAGUGAAAUUACGAAUGUUAAUGGCGGCACACAUCAUAGUCAUAGUAGUAGUAACGGAAAUAAUGAUGAUGCCAUUCCCAAAAACAUUCGCCUUCGUGCCACAUUCUUUUUUAACCUUCGAGCGACCACCAGGAUCGAUACUCUUGUUGAAACAAUGAAAACAGGAAGGACGAGUCGAUGGGGAAACCAGAUUGGGUACGUGCUUCUCCCGUUCACGAUUGGAUUCAAAAGCAAUCCCUUGGACUACGUGAAAGAAGCCAAAGCAGUCAUCGAUCGAAAGAAAGCCUCUUUGGAACCCUUGUACACUUAUUUCGUUGUUUACUUGGUUCUCAAGCUGUUUGGGAUUAAGACUGUAGGAAAGUUAAACCAUAAGGUUUUCUUUAAUACAACCUUAUGGUUCACCAACGUGCCUGGGCCACAAGAAGAAGUCACAUUUUAUGGGCAUGAUUGCGCUUACCUUGCUCCCAGUUGCUAUGGACAACCUAAUGCAUUGAUGAUUCAUAUAGUGAGUUAUAUGGAUAAAUUGACGUUUGUGAUAUCAGCAGACGAAGAAACCAUACCCGAUCCUCAAAGGCUAUCUGACGAUCUUGAGGAAUCCCUUAGACUCAUCAAGAUUUCUGCUUUGGCAUUAGAGAGCGCCAAAAACAAGUAA